AUGAUUCCUUUACAUGACCAUAAUCAUGAUGGCAUAGCGACAACGUUUUCGACACCUCUUCCGGAAACCGCCAGCAAAGAGGAUCAUGCUUUUACCGUGGCUAAACCCCUGGACGAUGCCGAUCCCGACGCGGAAACAACGCUAUCACCCUUUGCCAUCCGACGCAACCAAUUCCUCGCGCUCACAAAGAAGAACUGGAUCGUGCUACGGUCCUACUGGUUGAUCAACCUCUUGCGAUGCCUGAUCGUUCCCGUAGCAUAUUACAUCUUCUUGGGCGAAGCAAAGAACUUCUUCAAUACCACCAAUGACCUCGGUCUUGGACAGCCAGCCGCCGUGCGCCUUCUUUCGGACAGUCUCAAUGGCAAGCCUUUCUAUUGGAUCGACAAACGCACAAACACAGCUGCAUCCAAGUUCUCAGCGCAGCAAAUCAUCGAUGUCGUCCUCGAUGGCUUGCAAGCGAGCCAGAGGUCGCUGGUCAGACAGGUCGCCAACGACGAGGAGCUUGGAUUUGCGUGUCCACAAUCGUUCAACGGUCUCAGUCCUUGCUUUGGUGCCAUCUCGUUUUCCAACAUCACAGCACAGGGUAGUGUCAGCUAUGCCUUGAGGCAAGACCCGGGCUUGAAUCGUGUCAAAGUCAGCUCCAACAGUGGAGAUGCUGAGACGAGGACGUUCCCCAUGCAAUUCGCCAUCGACUCUGCCAUCCUCCAGCUGAACGGUGCCACGGCCUCGUUCUACGCUCAGCCACCACUCGAACAACCCUACUCGCUGCAAACCAACGCCGAGCAAUCCGAAAGCCAACGUCGAGGCUUUUUGGGCGGUGUUGACCAGCUCACCGUGCUCGCCUUUUUCAUCGCCAUGCUCGGCAUCGUCUGGCAUCUUCCGUCCUCUGUCAGCGAGGAGCGAGGCUCAGGGAUGGCUGCGCUGCUCACUACCAUGGGAUGCACACAGCUACCCCGCCUCCUCUCUUGGCUCUGUGGUCCAGGUGCCGCCUAUCUUCCCGCAUGGUUCAUCAUGGGAGGUUCGCUCUCUGCGACACUGUGGACCACGAGCAACAAGGCCCUCUGCAUCUUUGCCCACGUCCUACCCGGAUUGGCCCUGGCGAGCUGGUCACUCUUUAUCGCCACUUUCUUUGCAAGGGCCAAUGUGUCGAGUAUCGUCACCACUGCUCUGGCCAUCUUGAUGGCCAUCGUGGCCCUCAUCACAAAACACAUCGGAGAAGGAGGUGGCAUUGUCAUCGGAUUGCUGUUUCCCUCGGCGUCGUUUGUUUACGAGUUCAUCGCCAUCUCUGCGUAUGAACAUCAAGGAUUAGCUGCCAAUGUGACAGCAUCGCACAACGGUAUCAACAAGGGCCCUUCCGUUCUCGGCCAAAUUAUUGUACAGGUCGUAGCCAUCUUUCUCUUUCCAGCACUCACCAUCUUGCUUGAACGCAAGCUGUUCUUCGCAGAACCCUUCUUCCAAUGGCUACUGCGCCGUCGCACUUCCACGUCACCGUCGUCGGCACUGGAUGGUGCGCAGCAUUCCGAAAAGGCAAAUUCGUUCGACGGUGUGACUCCGGCGUUGAAGAUCACCGGCCUGACCAAAAGGUACGGCAAGAAGGAGAGCAGUCUGGCCGUCGACGGUCUGGAUCUCGAAGUGCCACGCGGUAGCAUCACUUGUCUUCUUGGCUCGAACGGGUCCGGCAAGUCGACUACUAUUGGCAUCGUUGGUGGAUCGAUCCGCAAGACCUCUGGCGAGGUGUACAUCGAUGGGUUCGAACGCGGUGCGGCUCCUCCCGGCCUGGUCGGCGUCUGCCCUCAAAAAGACGUCCUCUUCAACCAGCUUACAUGCUUGCAACAUGUCGAACUCUUUCGAGCCCUCAAGCAUCGCCGUGGCACCAGAGAGGACGCUGCUGACCUGCUCAGUCGCUGCGAACUCUCGCACAAAGUCAAGGCGAAACCCGGCCAUCUGUCUGGUGGACAGAAACGACGUCUUCAGACCGCAGCUGCGUUGGUGGGGCAGUCGACGUUCCUCAUGUUUGACGAGGCAACGUCUGGCCUGGAUCCCUUGUCUCGUCGUGCCAUAUGGAAAAUCCUUCUCAACGAGAGGGGAAAGCGGUCGAUCCUGCUGACGAGCCAUUUCUUGGACGAGGCGGAUCUGUUGGGUGACCACAUUCUGAUUCUGGCUUCUCCGGGCAAGAGGCUCUGCCAAGGUACCCCGAUCGAGCUUAAAACACAGUUCGGCGGGGGAAGCACCAUCCAUGUCUCUCCACGCGGAUGCAGCGUUUUGCCGCUCCUCGACGAGGUGUGUCCAGGGAGCAAGCAGAUCGAAGCAAUCGAGCCGAGUCAGGAUUCGUUCUUAAUCCCGACCACCGAGCAAUCGCAUGUAGCCAAGGUGCUCGAAGCGAUCGAGGAGCGAAAGGCGAAGCUGGGAAUCGAGGGCUACGAUGUGGCUGGACCUUCUCUUGAAAGCGUUUUCCUAUCGUUGAACUCGGAACACGCUCGAUCGAAUGGCAGACACGAAGAGGUCGACGAGAUGGAAGGCAACGUUGGUCAUGGUCACGGCAAAUCUGACCUCUCGGACGGCGCCGUCGCCAGCAUCUUUGCACUCACACUCGCGCAGCUGGGCAAACGCAUGGUGUUGUAUCGUCGCAUCUACCUGCCAGCCAUCUUUGCCGUGCUCGUCGCGAUUGCUGGCUCGAUCAUUCCGCUUGCGUUCUUCUCUAAUCGUGACCCGUCGUGCAGUCGUGGAUUUACAGACCGCGAGAUCAGCGUGGGAGCAACGUAUUGGCAGAAUGCUUCGUACACAACCGAGCUGCUGUACUCUGCGCCCGAAGCCAAUGCACAGGUGGUGUUUGGCGACGGGUUCAAUCUUGCUUCUAUUGCUUUUGACCGGGUGCCUCUUGAUCAGUACAAUGCGUCGAUCGCGAGAUUGUCGUACGAAGAUCGGAGAGGGGCAGGAGGAAUCGCGCUGCCUGGCAACACAAAUGGUGGCAGGAACCAGUUCUCGUAUGUGGCCGACGAAGGUCCCGUCAAUCCCAUCAGAGCACUCAACCUUGUCAGCAAUGCCGGCCUCGCCAACGUUCGUGAUGCCAACGCAGGUUCGGACGGAUCCCCAACCAUCACGGCGUCCUACCGGCCGCUCAGCGAUCUGUCACUUUCCGGCGGCCUCGGCUCGUCACUCAAGUGGACCGUGGUUUUCGGUCUGGUCCAAGCCGUCUGGCCCGCCUUUGCUGCUUUGUACCCUUCAGCAGAACGCAACAACCGCGUCAAGGCAAUGGCGCUCACCAACGGCAUGCGUGCCAUCCCGUUCUGGUUGGGCCAUCUUAUCGCCGAGCUGCCCGUCAUCGUUAUCAGUACUGUGCCCGUCGCUGUGGUCUACACGCGCGUUUCCGACCAGUUCACGGGUGGGGGAGUUUUCUGGGUCGUUCUGUUCCUGCAUGGCGUUGCCUCGACACUGCAGAGCUUCGUAGUGUCGCUGCUGGCGCCGAACCAGCUGGCUGCAUUUGCGAUCGUUGCAGCGUGGAAUGUGCUUGCCUUCCUUAUCUUUUUCGCUACCACCAUGCUUACCGUGACGUACUACGUGGGAAAUGGGUUGGAGGGCGCGCUCGAUGCGGCGUAUUAUGUAGAAGCGAUUCUUGCGCCUAGUGUCAGCAUGACCCGGGCUGGGUUUGUCAGUGUCAACCUCUUCAACUUGCUGUGCAACGGUCGGGGCGGGUACAAAGCGGGGGGUAUCGCGGCAAUCAAUUUGCUGGGAGCGCCGAUUGUGUACACGAUCGCAUGGGCGCUUAUCUGCUUUGCCAUCCUGGUUGCGCACGAUUCAGGCUACCCGCUGCUACCCGCUUGGCAUGGCUUCGGGUUCUUGCGUAGGAAGAAGCAUCGUCAAACGUCGACGAGAUCAGAAGAUGUUGCUGAUGAAGAGACCAAAGUGCACCCGGCACCGGCGGGGCAAGGAGUGCACGAAGAAGCGAUGCGGCUGGAUUCGCCCGGCUGCGAUGACGUGCUGCAGGCCAAACACCUCGAUAAAUCAUACGGCAAGCUUCUCGCUGUAAACGAUGUCUCGCUCGGCGUUAGACGGGAAGAGACGGUCGCGCUGCUGGGCAUCAAUGGCGGAGGAAAGACGACCACGCAUGCGCUCAUCCGUGGCGAGCUGACGCCUGACUCGGGUAGCGUUACGAUUGCCGGGAUCGGUGUAGCCCAGCAACGCACGCUCGCACGCUCCCACAUCGCCUCUGUACCGCAGUUCGACGGGCUGGAUCCGCUGCUGACGGUGCGAGAACACUUGCGCACCUAUGCACGCGUCAAAGGUGUACCCCGCAGCCAACGCAAGGACAACGUCUCGGCCGUGAUGCAUCUGACCAACCUGACGCAGUAUGCGGAUCGACGAGCGGGCGCGCUGUCGGGAGGUAACAUGCGCAAGCUCUCGCUCGCGAUCGCGCUGCUGGGCAACCCGUCAGUGCUGCUGCUCGACGAGCUGUCGUCGGGCGUCGAUUCGUGGACCAAACGCGGUCUGUGGCAGACUCUCCGUCGAGCCGGUAAAGGCAGAGCGACGCUGCUCACCUCGCACAGCAUGGAAGAGGCUGCCGCGCUGGCAUCGCGUGUCGCCAUCCAAGCAUCGCGCAUCUUGGCGAUAGAUACGAUCGGAAACCUGCGCAGAUCGCAUCCGAGCUACGAGCUCCAGCUCGACAUGGCACAGCAGCAUCGCGGGUCAGCUCAAGCCUACGCGAGAGUGGACCGGUUCGUCAAGAGCCUGUUCCCGCGCGCGAGCACGUCGGACGAGGCAAGUGCACGCUUCGAGAUCCCGCUCAGUAGUGUACAGAGCGUAGCAGAGCUGUUCAGGACGCUGGAACGAGCAAAGGUGGAGAGGGAGGAGGCGGGUGUGGUGGGCUACCAGAUCAGUCCUGUCUCGUUGGAGAGUCUGUUUUUGCAGAUUGUCAGGCAGGCUCAGUCCGAGGCUGCUCGAGACGAGAUUGGUCGACAUCAACACCAAUGA